AACCGGAGAGACACUGGGAGUGAAAGUGAGAGAGUAUCUAGAGUAUCUGACUGACUGCAGUACAGUGGUCGACUUGUGAGUUUAAUGAGUGAUACCGUUGCUGAAGAAUUUCAAGUGCAGAUUUAGAAAAUCUACUGGAGUUCGCUUUUACAUGUUCUGACGCUAACAUGGCUCCUGUUGAAGGCUACUGGGGAAAACAAACGGCGACAAUUGACUGGUGUGAGGAAAAUUACGUCGUCAGUUAUUACAUCGCUGAGUUUUGGAACACUGUGUCCAAUGCUGUUAUGAUCUUUGCACCUCUCGCUAUGGUCUUCGUUGGUCUGAAGGAAAACCAUGAGAAGAGAUUCCUGUACAGUUUUUCAGCAAUAACAGUUGUGGGGAUGGGGUCGUGGCUGUUUCAUAUGACGCUGCAAUACAGUAUGCAGUUGAUGGAUGAACUGCCAAUGAUUUGGGGCAGCAGUUUUCUUGUCUAUUCACUAUAUAUGAUAAAGAGCAAACCGGAUGAAGAGUGCAUCCCCCUUCAAGUGUUCUUAGUUGUUUACUGUGUUCUGGUCACCCUGGUGUAUGUCUUGAUCAACGCUCCUGUAUUCCAUGAGGUGUCCUACGCCCUUAUGGUGAUUAGCAUGGUGCUCAUAGCUCUCAGAAUAGUUCAAACUAUGCACUGCAAUGUCAUGUUAUUCGCUGUCUCCCUGUUUACCUAUGCUCUCGGAUUCCUUCUGUGGAAUGUCGACAACUUGUGUUGCCAUCAUUUAAGAUACAUUCGAGACCAGAUGGAUAAGUCUUCGGGAAUGCUUUUUGAAUGCCACGCCUGGUGGCAUAUAUUUGCCGGCUUUGGCACAUACAUGGCUUUGUUGUUUGCGUAAGUAUUUCACUGGAAAGUUUCAGGCUUCAUUGUAAUAUUGUAUUUUUUGUUUUGCGAUUGUAAGUCUUUCUCAAUCAAAUACAAGUGGGGGAUGUUUC